CCUGAGCCGAGCGGUACUCAACUGCAUCACGUGCCGGGGUGGGGGCUAUAAAAUCCCGGAGCCGGGGCGCUGGGCGGGGGACCUCAGGACCAGCCCUCUCCAGGGACCCCUUUGUUCGCAGCCCAGACGCCGACACCUCCGCAUCCCCAAGGGCUUGACUGGCUGCACCGGCUCUGCGCCCCGGGCAGAGCUCCGAACAGGAGAGGGGAGGGGGCGCCACAGCCUGCCGGGCCCUCCGGCCACCCACCCCUCCAGACAUGUCGCGAUCCUUCUAUGUCGACUCGCUCAUCAUCAAGGACUCUUCGCGACCCGCGCCCUCGCUGCCCGAACCGCACCCCGGGCCAGAUUUCUUCAUCCCGCUGGGCAUGCCGUCCCCGUUGGUGAUGUCCAUGCCCGGGCCCGGCUGCGCGUCCCGCAAGAGCGGCGCGUUCUGCGUGUGCCCGCUCUGCGUCACUUCGCACCUGCCCCACCACGCACCUGUGUGCGCCGCCACCACCUACAACGUGGGGGACCCGCGGAGAUUCCACUGCCUCACCAUGGGGGGCUCGGACGUCAGCCAGGUACCCAAUGGCAAGAGGAUGAGGACGGCGUUCACUAGCACGCAGCUCCUGGAGCUGGAGCGGGAAUUCUCUUCCAACAUGUAUCUGUCUCGACUCCGGAGGAUCGAAAUCGCCACGUACCUGAACCUGUCGGAGAAGCAGGUGAAGAUCUGGUUCCAGAACCGCCGGGUAAAGCAUAAGAAGGAAGGGAAGGGCACGCAGAGGAACAGUCACGCGGGCUGCAAGUGCGUUGGCAGCCAAGCGCACUACGCGCGCUCCGAGGACGAGGACUCCCUGUCGCCGGCCUCGGCCACCGAGGACAAGGAGAUUUCGCCCUUGUGAGGGAGGGAGGGCCGCCUCCCUCUCAGCACCCGCUCCCGGGAGCCCCCCAAAGCCAAUGCGGCAGGCACCCAGGGGUCAAAUACGCGCUCGCUCCGUGGUCCGGUCUGCAGAAGCACGGAGCGGAGUGUUCCCAGGGCGUACCAGCCCGGCCCAUCCUUCGCGUCUACUCCUUGGCCUAUUUGCUUAGGUUCCACUCUCGAGAAUGCGCAUAGCUUUUGUUUAAAUGUAAAUAACCUAGAUUCAACUCAGCCUUGUCAUAUAACAGAGAAAAAAACAGCAUUGGCUUAAGUUUAGCACGGUCUGGGUUUUGUUUUUAAAGCGCUUGUCAUUUUCCCUUCCCUACUGUCUUUCAGAACUGAUAAGAACACCGGGUUUCCUGAUGAUUUCCUUUUGUGUGUUUUUUUUUUAAUAAAAGUAUUGAUAUGCAAAUAAUUUAGAAAAGUAAAACCUGUAGGCCUUGCUUUCUGAAAACUUGCCUGGGGAGAGUUUAAAAUCCAAGUGUUGGAAGUUCAUUUUUAUGUGAAUAGUUUUAUAUAAGAUUAUAUUUAUAUUUAUUUAAAUAAAUGAAACAAAAUCAA